AGCGAGUUUUGUAGGCGGCUAAGCGAACCCGAAACUACACUUCCCAGAGAGCAGCGCGCGAGGCUGCUGUUGUUGUGGGCCAGCUGAUUCCUCUAUGCGGGACUGAAGCAACUGACUGUCAUGGAGGCCAACUUCCAUUCUGUCUGUUUCCUGAAUGUGGCUCACACUUAUGUUCCCAGUGCCAAUGUGGAAUGUCACUACACCCUGCCAGCUGGCAUGAAGGGCUCCACCAGGGACUGGAUUGGCAUUUUCAAAGUAAGCGGCUCCUCUAUACAUGACUAUGACACCUUUGUUUGGGCAUCCUCUUCGGAAUCUUCUGUGGAUGAAUCAGUAUCCCAUUGCAGUGUCCAGUUUCAAGCCUACUAUCUUCCACACCCCGGUGAACAGCAGUACCAGUUUCGCUAUGUGGAUCAGCAGGGAACUGUGAAAGGGAUUAGUGAACCUUUUGUGAUCUGUGAGCCACGACAAAUGGAAGACCUGGUCACCUUGGAGGAUGAAGAGGCUUCUCUGGACAUGAUUUUGGUUGUAUCGAAAUCUGCUUUCUUGCAGCAACAGCUGGAGUUCUCCCAGCAGGAGAGGAAUGACCUUAUGAGGGUUAGACUCACACUGGAAGAGGUGGUGAGCACUCUGAAGAAGAAAGUCCAGCACCUGGAGGCUGCACUGGAGUCUUCAGACAAUAAACAUUUAAAGCUAAACCAGCAAUACAAGGAACUUUUUGAAAAGGAGCAGACAACAAGGAAAGAAUUUAAUGCCCUGAGCAAAAUUGAGGCUGAGCACCGAGAACGGAUUCUGCAACUUGAGAGUGAAAUCCAGAUCAUGAAUCGGAACCUGCUUGAAAAAGUGAAAGAGACAGACAUUCUAAAGACAAGAAAAGAAUCACUAGAGGCAGAAAAGGAGCAGCUGAAAGAGCGACUUGCAGAGGCCUCUUCAGAAAAGGAGCGUUCCAAGUUGCAGAUCGAUGCUCUGCGUGAGAAGCUGCGGUGCACCCAAGAUAUUCUCUCAGCCAGUCAGCAGAAAGUGAUGCUGUUAGGGGAGGAGUUGGCAACAGUCUCUUCUGUUCGAGAUCGCACAAUAUCUGACCUGCACAAAAGCCGCCUUGAGACAGCUGACCUUGCCCUUAAAGUGUCCGACAUAAGUCUCAGAUAUAAAGAAGGCAUGGGGCAGUGGUGGCAAGAAAAGACAGCACUGAACCACAGCAUGGAGGCCAAGAGAGACCAGAUUGUGAAUCUGAAAGCAGAAAAGCUGACUUUGGAAAGCAACCUGCAAGAAGAGAGGAGCCAGCGACAGAAACUUCAAUGUAAACUAAACCAGGAGAAAGAUGCAUGUCAGGUUCAGUUAUCCGAAAGCAGACGAGAGUUAAGUGAGUUAAAAUCAGCUCUGAAAGUUGCACAGAUGGAAAAGGAACAGCUAAGAGAAGAAAAACAGGAGAUGAUGCAGUAUAUGAGGAGACUGGAGGAAAGGCUGGACAAGCUUGCUGAUGAAAGAUGGAGAGAAGACAAAGUGGAUACAGAGGAAAACAGCCCUGGAUUAAUAAGUCUGCCAGAGUCCGACGAUGAGUCCUCUGAAAUCAGGAGAUUUCCUGUGAAUGAAGACCCUUUUACAGUGAGUGAGCAGAUCUCUUCCAUCUUACCAGCAUUCCCUCGAGAGUCUCUGAAGGUGGUGAUCAAUCAGCCAGCACCCAUUGCAUGUCAGCUACAGCCAUUGCCUGAGGACAAUCCUGACUCAUGGUAACAUCUUUAGCUUGGUCACAGUAAACAAGAGAAUUAGACUGGCAAAGCUGUGUCUCUCCCUUGUAAAGAGGAUGAGGAACCAGAAUGAAGCAGAAACAACAAUCCUUCUAAAGCUCUUGCAGUUUCUUCGCAUAUUAAUGGCACUGUAAUUUGUAAUAUGCCGAGUCUCCCUCUGAUAUGCAAUGCGUGGACUGAGUAAGAUAUUAAUGUCACCUUUUCUAUCAACCUUUAUAAGUCUCACCACAUCCACCACAAAAUACCUAUUCUAUUUUGUUGCAUUGCUUACAUACACAAAUAUUGUUCAGAAAUAUGAGGAUGAACCCAAGAAUUCAAACUUUGAGUAGAUAGGAACCACCUGAACUGUAGAUUUUUAGCUGUACAUUGAAUAUCUGACAGUAGAAAAUGUGCCUAAAGCUCAGCAUGACAGAAGAAGGGUCAGAUAUAAUUUGUCAGUAUAUGAAAAUGUUCUUUUAGCAAUAACAUUUUUACAGAGGCAGAUUAUAUUUCAUAUAACCUAUAGUUAAUCAUUGUUUUUUGUUUAAUGAUAUUUAUGUUGGUUUCUCUAUUAUACAUUUGUUUUGUGGAAUAAUCUGUUUGCACAGCACUAAGGAACAUCAUAAUUUUGCCCACACGAUCCAAGGUGUUACUGACUCCACUUGAAUUAAUUGUCUGCCAUGAUACAAAAGAAGGGAUCGGUAUAUGGCACGCUGGAAUCCCAGAAAGCAUUAAAAAUGUCAGUAUUCUACUAAAUGUAUCCGAUUUUGCUUUAUGAAAAUGUUUAAAUAGUAGGGCUCAAAUAGCAUAAUGCAUGUAUUAGUUUACACUUCCACGUGUGCAGUUUAAUAGCUCAGUCUCAAGGAAAAGCAGCUAUGUUUGGCUGUAAAAAGUCUGGGAGAACGAAAGGCUUAUCACAGUACAAAAAAAUUAUUUAGACUUCAAAUGGGUGUAUAUAAGAAAGCACUAAACUCAGGAAGUUGUUAGGACAGUGCACACAACAAUGGGCGACCAUUUUAGGCCAGCCAUUUCUAGCUGCCAGCCAUUCAACUUUUUACAGACACUGUUAAUUGUAAGAAAAUGAUGGACAGUGAAUGUACACAACUUCCCCAGUAGCUUCUAGUAUGUUUAUAGCGAAAGUAUCGAAGUAUGUAGCAGAAAGCAGAAGAUUGCAGGGGAGGUAGAUGACUCCUGGUCAAACUCCUGAUCCAAACUAUCAAAAUAUAAAGAUCUGCUGCAAUGAGGAUAACACAAGGUGGGUAUAAAAAAACACCUACCAGACAUAGCAGCCCUUACCGCAGAUGUUCUCCAAUAUCAUUUAAAGUAAAAUCGAGCUACUAAAACCUCAAGUGAAGGAUACUUUUUGUUUGCUUUACUUUUCUAGGUUUUUGAAACUGCCAAGUAAUGUUACGGUGCUGUAAUAAAAAAUACAAAAUAUGCUGGGACAUGUUUAAAAGCUGUUGUUCCUACCUGUAGCAUAACUGCAGAUCAUGGGAUUUCAUAGUAAAAUAUUGAUUAAGCCCCCUGGCGACCUCCCUACUGUCAGCGAUCUUAACAUAAAGUUCAUCUAAGUCCAGGACAAGUAGAAAGGGAGCUGUUGGUAUAGUAAGUACACUAUAAGGACCAGUGCUGCGGGCAGAAGUUGUUAACAAAGGGGACAGUAUCAUUGCAGGGAUUUAAAUUCUAAUAUACAUUUUUCCAGCUGACCACUUUGUCCAAGGUAACUUGCCAAUAAUUUUCAUCAUCCUAGAUUUUAGGGCCUCAGUGUAAAUUCUAAUCCAUCUAACUCCUGCCACCACAACAGAAAAAGUCCUGAAAGUAGCCUGUAGUAGCUAGUAAAAAUGAAAAAAUGAGUUGUAGUAGCAAGAAUAUUCGCCAACAGAGUAGUUAAAAUUAUUACAUAAUUGUUACUAACUCUAAUACAAACUACUUCAAUCUUUGUGGUUUUUGCAAAACUGAAUUUUGUUUUUAAGAAAACUGUCAGUUUUUAUUAAAGGAGACACAAUGGGGUUUCGACACCAAUUAUUUUGGCUUAGCCUGUGGCUGACACAUUUCCAUGUAGGAUGUCAGGAAAAGGGUACCAACAGGGCCACUCAUGGAGCAAAUUUUGACCGGCUCAUGACAACCUGGCCAAAGUUUGCUUUAUAUAUCACCAGCUUUAGGUAUAUAUGAUAAGUUUCAGUGCUGGCCAGGAUGAUCAAGAGCUUCGAGGUCAAUAAAUUUACACUACUUAAAUAAACAAAUUAUCUUUAAUGCACAGCCUGCAAAGGGUAACUCUGGCUUAAUUUAAAAAGCCCCCAACAACCUCCCUAAUGGGGCACCGUUCCACUGCCAAGCCCCAUAGCAGUUAUGUGGGCUGCUCGGGCUAUUGUUAUGCGGCUGAGUCCUACCUCCUGUUGAACUCGCACAAGACAAAUCUCCUGCUGCAGAUAUUAUAUUCUGACAGCUGACACCACCUGCUGUCAAAAUAGCCAAACAGUGCCUACAUCUGAUUGGUUUGUUUUUUUCGAUCAAAGGAUUUCAGGUGGAAUGGUGCAGACAGGCCACGCAUUCAGCAAAUUUUAGCUGGUUAAUCAGGAAGUGGGCAAAAUGUAUUCCAUGUAUGUGCAGCUUUAGGCACAUUUGUGGUAUUUCAGAAUGCUGAGUAUAGCUUAAUUGUGACAGCCCCUAGCUACUGCAGGAGAGAAACGUAGUUAGAUAUGGUAUGGAUGAACUGUUAUUCACUACUUUAUUAAUUGUCUUUGUCUACUUAAUGUAUACAUUAAAGACCUUUAUCUCUUA